AUUUUUUUGCCCAUCCCUAUCGAUUUUGUUCCAUGUUUGGUUUUUGUUUAGCUUCGCUUCGAUUCGAAUCUGGUGAUUUCACUCUCUGUAUUUUAUUUUGUUAGUUUUUGUUGCUCCAUUAAUCUUCCUUGCUAAAAUAUAAUGCGGUGGAAUGAAGAGCAAACAGUAACUUUUGUGAAAAUUUAUUUACAACAUGAUUACUUGUGGAACAAAAAACAUGAGCGCUACGGGCAGAAGUACUUGCGUAAGAAAGCUUACCAGGAUAUCAGUUCUCUCUUUGAAGAUGCCACUGGAAUUAAACUAAUGGAAAGAGAAGUAAUGAUUAAAAUUAAAAAUCUUUCAUCAACUUACGCUCAGGAGCUGGCGAAAAUGAAGAAAUAUUCAGAAACUGAUCAUCCUUACAAAUCAUCACUGAAAUGGUUUCAGUACUGGUAUAGGUGUAAGCACGGUGAUCAGCUAAUCAGUGAUGAUUCUCAAUGCACAUCGGAAGACCAAAAAAUGUGGUUAGAAUUAACAGAAGGCGAACACAACUACUCUGUUUCUCAAAUUAAAAAUAAUGAAAUUGAAUCAAGUCCCACAAGGAGAUGGUGUGAGGAUGAGACUGUCAAGUUUGUGAAGAUUUACUUGCAGCAUAAUAUUUUGUGGAAUUCAAAACAUGCAUAUUACAGAAAAAAUAAACUUCGUAAGAAAGCAUAUAGAGAAAUUUGUUCUGAAUUUAACAAAGCAACCGGUAUUGCCCUCACUGAAAAAGAGGUAUUGAUGAAGAUAAGGAGUUUGAAAUCGACCUACUGUCAAGAACUUUUAAAAAUAAGGAGGUUAUCUAGACCCAACUUCAAAUUUGUGUCACCAUUGAAAUGGUUUGCUGAUUGGGAUUGGUGCUAUAAUAAUGCAAAAUACUCAAACCAGACAGAGACAGGAUUAGAAUCGGACAGUAAACAUUUAGUAGAAUGGUUAGAAUUGUCCAAUGAUGAAGGUCAAGCCACACCAUCCAAACAAAACGAAGAAUCACUCAUAAAACCUAGAUGGAACGAGGCAGUUACCAUGAAAUUUGUAAAGAUAUUUUUACAGUAUGAAUUCUUAUAUGAUCCGAAACAUAAAUACUUUAGAGACAAGAAGUUACGUCAUGAAGGCUACAGCAGUGUGAUUUCAGAAUUCAAGGCAGCCACUGGUAUUAUGCUUGAAGAGAGUGAAUUAAAAAGUAAAGUAAGGAAUCUAUCGUCAACUUAUGCUCAGGAAUUGGCGAAAAUAAAGUGCGGGUCUGAUACAGACAUACCAUACACCCCGACGAUAAAAUGGUUCCGACUCUGGCACAAACACAAAUACACUGUAAGACAGCGUAAUGGACAAAUCACUGAUAAUGAUACCCAAGAACACGAGGCGCUAGUAUCUGCAUUUGAAGAACAGAUGUCUGAUGAAGAAGAGCAUAAGUUUGAACCAGAAUCAGAGGAACAUCCUCACUCGGAGUCAGACUGCGAAGUGGAGACGAAAAGAAAGAAAGAGAUGCCAGAAGAAGAGCCCGAUUCAGUCAAUCAAUUGUUCUUUGUGGAUGCCAAUUCGAGUCCGAAGGAUGAUGAAUUUGAACACUAUGGGAAAUAUGUUGCAUCUGUGUUGCGGAAUAUGGAAUUGGACAAAGCUUUGCAAGUACAGUUGGAAAUACAGAAUUUGUUGAGCAAAUCUAUGGAAGGCGGUUACCGUCGAAAAACGUAGUCUAUCAUAAGACGCCAUUCCACUUCGGAGGCUUGCGAGUGAGUGAAAAAUGUCAUUUUUGAUAAAAGCUUUUAUUGUUGUCAGAGAGAUCUUAUUCAAUUCAAUAUGUGACAAAAAAUUCAUCCGUUGAGUACUUCCCACGUCUGGAGACGGUUCGUGGGUGCACCAUUUGGUCAUGCAAUCAUAUCAUAAUAAUGCAUUAUCUUCCAAACUAAACAUGUGUACAAAUUUUCAGCUCAAUCGUUGAAGAUAUCUGCUUUGAGUUGCAAGAUUCCACCUGAAUAAACAGAGGGCCAUACAUAGUUACAUUGCAAAUUAAAUAAAAGCUUGUAAUAUAUUUUAUAACACACAACCAAUAUUCAGGUAUUGGUUGCAAAUGUUGUAAAUAUUUAUUCUAAGGUUAUUAAUAAAAGAAGUAAAGCACAAGUCUGAUUUUUUAUUGCUGUUACAGCAUCAGUUCAUACAAACAAAUAUUACCGCUUACAUUUCACUAGUGAAAAUUCAGAUCGCGUGGCUUGUACCAAAGUUCUGACACGGAAACUUGUAUCGUGUAAAAAUAUACAUCUGUGAUGCCGUGGACUUUAUAAAAUAAUGUCGUCGAUAUAAAGCUAAAUUAAGUACUUAUUUCACAAUUCCAGAUUCAAAAAAAGGAAGUUUGACUUCGAGAGCAGUACGCAGUCGGCUAAAACUAAACCUCUUAAAAUAUUUUAUUUAUAAAUAACACAAAAGGUCGAUUCACAUCGCCGCCGCUUAAUCUCACUCGUUUGUAGACAACCUUUGAAUUUUAGUUUGUAACAAGCGACAAUAUACAAUACAUUCACAAUAAUUUUAGUUCCAUUCCGCGUUUUCACUCGACUUUUACCAAUCAUAAAUUUUUCAGGUUUUCUACUUACAAAUAUACAACAACAGAAUUGACGAAUUCUGACGUAUUUUUGUACUGACUGACUAAGGGGUCAGUUAGCGCCACAGUCUAGCGUGGCCCCAUUCAGUAGGCCGAACA